AUAUGCUUUACUCGCGCGCAUGACGUAAAGCAGCGUGCAAUUUAAGGAUAGAAAAUUAUAGUGGUAUAUUUUAUUUUCUCUUUUCUGACUAGGUAUUGCACAUGGCUUCAGACUGGUUUGCUCUUCACAUUACUAAAGGAUGUGGAAAAUUGGGAUAUGCAAUUGGGAGGAACCCUUACUGCUUCCUCCUCCUUCCUAUCAUCACUACAGCCUUUCUAGCACCCGGAUUAGUGAUGCUAAAUGACAUUAUAUCCACGCUUUAUCUCUACACUCCCACGAAUGGUAGAUUUAUAACAGAAAGGAGUAUUGUAGAAGAACUGUUUCCGAUGAAUCUGUCCACCAAUUUCGAUCCCGGGAGAGUCACACGAGAAAUUCAAUGCGGAUAUGUCAUUUUGGUGGCCAAAGACGGUGGAUCCAUGCUGCGGGAGAAGACGUUUAAAGACGUGUUAAAGGUCGAUCGAGUAGUAAAAAACGUCACAGUUUAUCAUCAAGGUUUGCCCAUGUCUUAUUCUCAGUUAUGCGCACGAAGAAAUCGCCGGUGCUACGUAAACAACGUACUGUCACUUUCUAAACGAAUAAAACAAAUAGAAGAGGGUAAAUAUAAAUUUAUAUACCCCCUAACAAUAAAUCUAGCUACUUAUCGCUUCACAUACUAUGCUGUAAAUUUGGGUGGAGUAGAAACCGACAGUAAAGGAAAUGUUUUAUCUGCUAAAUCUAUUAGAUUGCUAUACUAUCUUUCGGAUAAAGAGAAAAAAGCUAACGAACUUUGGGAAGUGGCUUUCUUACGCAGGCUGGAACAAGAAGUUUUCGAAGAAAUCAUCGUAUAUAGGUACACAUCGCAGACAGUCGAUACGGAAUUACAGGAGAUAUCUCAACAAGGAAGAUUAUGGAUGGGUCUGGCCUUAAUUAUAAUGUCUAUCUGUUGUUUCGUCUUUUGUUUCCUCUCAAAAAGACCUUGGUUAGGAUUAAGCUGUGUAGUUUCAUCCUGCUUAACGAUUGUAUCUGCUUUCGGUUUGCUUGGAUACUGUGGAGUGGAUUUUAUCGCUACUAAUUUCAUGUUAUCUUUUAUUGUGCUGGCUUUAACUAUAGACGAUACGUAUCAGCUAAUUUUUAGAAAAAUAAAGGAUCCACGCAAGACUAUAGAAGAACACAUGGGUGAAACGUACUCUACUACGCUCCCUUCCAUUCUAAUUUCGACAAUUAUCGAUGUUUUAUUUUAUAUGGUUUCCUUGUGUUUCGUCCAUUUCCCUGCUUUGAAAAUAUUUUGUUUAUAUAGCAGUAUAUGCAUCGUAUUUACUUUUAUAUAUAGUGUAACUUUCAAUGGAGCCAUUCUUGUGUUAUCCGAUAAAGCAGAAGUUAAAGGAUUUCAUUAUCUGACGUGUUGCAAAACAAAAGCAAACAUUCCUGAAGUGCAGUCGAGUUCUAAAGAAUGUUCGACAAAUAACAGUACAAAGACCAUAAAAAAGGAUAUGAAUAACAGUACAAACUUUACGUCGACCCUCUUGAUUAUAUUCCACAGUCAAUUAUUUAAACUGACAAUUAUAAUUGUUACACUGGGUUACAUAGCAAUUUCUGCUUGGAGCAUCUCGACCAACAUCAAAAUCGGCGCAGAAUUGACAAAUUUUGUGUCCUACGAUUCCUAUGGUGGUCAGUUUGUCAAACAGAAUAAUUUCUAUUACAGUAGGUAUCCGUACAGAGUACAGAUGGUCAUUAACACAACACUGGAUUAUUCCAACUCGUCGGUGAGGUCGCAAGUAGAGAGCAUCAUCCACCGAAUGGAGAAAUGUCGCUACAUCGGUGACAACGUACUGACAGAAUCGUGGUUGAAGUAUUAUAUGACGUUCCUGAACGACAACAGGACCUCUUCUUUGAUACAAGGUUUAAACAUUAAAAAUAAAAAGGAUUUCAAUAUCGGUUUGAAAGACGUCUUUCUUCGCCUUCCAAUUACAGAAAUAUUCCACGACGACGUCAAAUUCAGCAAAGACGGAAGUGACAUCGUAGCCGCUAGAUUUGUUUUGCAAGCGGCAGACGUCACACUGAGCGAAGGCGAAAAAGAAAUGACAAGAGAGCUGCGACAAAUAGCCGAUAGUUCUCCUUACCCCGUUGUAAUUUACAGUUACGGAUUCCCUCACACGGAAAGGCUCUUAACACUGGCAAACACUUCUCUUAAUCUUCUCGGCGUGUGCCUCACGGUGUACUUCCUGAUGACGUUUAUGCUAUCCGGAAGAAUGCUCUUUUCGCUGGCGUCGACUUCCUGCUUAAUGUUCGUCAUCAACGGAAGUGUUGCGUAUUUAUCGUUAUGGAGUGUCAAUCUAAACAGUGCCACCGUAAUCAAUCUCCUCUUCGUCAUAUGUCUGGUAAUUCGCUACUCCGUAUACAUCACUUGCACUUACUGCACAAUAUCCGACGAAGAGCAUUCGUCGUUCGUCAAUCGACUAAGUAACACUACCGUGCCCAUUCUAAAGAGUGCAAUACCCGUUAUGCUGUCUGCGGCCAUUGUGGGAUUGGGUCCUUCCAUGAUCUUCACCUCAUUUUUCAAAAUGACAUUCGUUCUGAUCACUUCCUCGCUGUUUUUUCUGCUUCUAGUGAUCCCCACCAUCUUCUCUUCGUUUCACAUUUUAAGGAAGUCGUGGAGCAUUCCAAACAUCUCCAACACAGAUUUAAUUCUGGUGAAAUUCAGCCAAAACAAACAGUAA